AUUACAAGGCGUUUACAAGAAGGUUGCCUCUUGAUAACUGUGUUUUUGGUGACUAUCGCAACACAUUCAAGUCAAAAGUUGUUGAAGCUUGUUCUGUUAUCCGCAACUUGGUUCUUAGAGCCAAGCUCUUUGUGAAUUAUUACGUCUUGCAAAAUGCCACUCUUGCUGAGCCAAAGUGUAUUAAAUGUAUCUUUACACAAAAUUUCUGGUACUCUAUGAUACAACUAGUGAAUGGACAAAGGCCAACAAAUAGUAGGCUGAUAUCACAACAAUUACUGAGCUCGUUUGAUUCUUUUAAAACGACUUACCCUAAGAUUGUCUUCCCUGUCAAGCUCUUUCCUGGACUUAGUCAAGCCAUUACAGAAGCAUGUACCGAAAUUGCUACUUCCUAUACGAACAAUAUAGUGGAAAAUUUCGAGGAGAGACUUCUCUAUUUUUUGAUAUAUAAAAUACAAACAGCAUUUGUGUGUAUGCCUUGGAAGCUUGUAAAAAAAGUCAAAAGUGAUUUCUGCUAUCAAGAGAUAUGCCAAGGAAAACCUAAAUGGCAACUGAUGACUACCUUACUGAAGAUAUAAAAGCAAAGAUCCAAACCUUCUGUGAACCUUGGAAGAAGAAGCUGGAGAAGAAAAUGAACUUGAAGACGUUAUCUGCUGAUCCUGGGUCUUUCGUACCCUUUUUGUUAUCUUUGAACGCAGAAUUUGAGAGGGAACACGAUGGUCAUAAGUCAUUUGACGUACGACGACGUUCUCUUCCAAAAUUGUUAUCCUUACUGCCAAAGGUUUCUGUUCAAUGGAGGAUCAUUACCUUGAGUGUGAACGCGCUGUCUUCUUUUGUGAAACGUCCUUUAUCCCGCAAUUACCAAAGCCAAUUAGAGCUGUUUUUCAAUGUCUUUGAUUUCAAGAAACUCCGGUACGAAAGUAUCUCUGAGCUAACACCGAAU